UAAGUUUUCUUUUUGUUUUAGAUAAUUUAAAAAGUAAUCUACAUAGCAAAGUCUACAGCAAUGGAGUCUUGGUUAGUAGAUGUUAAAAAAGUAAGUAUUCCCCGCCCCAAGUUUGGUAGCAAUGUAAGAUGUGGAUACCCUACGGAGCCUCCCAAGGACUACUUCUACGAAGAUGGAAGAGCUGAAGAGCUCAAAAUGCGUAAUUCCCUCAAUAAUUCCUCCAACUUAUCGAAAGCAACGGAAGAAUUAAGAAGAGCUUUGCAAGAAAAGUUAUGAAAGAAGUCAGCACUAAUCCCUGUAUUUGUUACAAGAUUAUUAACGGUUCUUUUUAAUAUUCAUACUUGCAUUUGUACAUUUUCUAAAUUGCAAACAACAAUGAUAGCCUAUAAUAACAUGGUAAAAACAAACUUUCAGAAUAAUAAAAUAUUUUCAAUAGUUUGUUCUACACACAGCGCCGAAAAAAAGAAUAAAAUUUUUAUUGCUAUAAAUCUAUGUGUAUGUGUAGUUUAAGUACUUUUUAUUACUUUAUGAGACUAUAUUGUAGUAAGUUGAUUAUUUGUAAUAAUUCCUUAUUGGAGUUCCAGUAACUGAAGUCUACCUUCCGCACACAGAUAAAAUAAAAUACCUCUAAUUUAUUUAAGAACAGAUUGUUGUUAAUAUUGUAAGCUAUUUCGUAUAAAUCAUAAAUUCCUUUAAUCUAAUAGCCGUAGGCCAAGUAUAUACAAGGUGUUUCGUAAAUCAUGGAUAAAUAAUAAUCUUUUAGCUGCAUGGGGAGGACUCCAAGACCGUUUAUGAAGUUGAAUUUUAUGAUUACUUAAGUCGCACAGUCUUCGUGUUUUUUAUUUUUUUAAUUUCUUGAAAAUUUAAAAAAGACUAGAUUUUAUGAACGAAUUUUGGGUCCCCCAUUAGGAAUUGAAAAAAAAUCAAAUUAAUUUCGAGUUAUUUGAAUUUUUUAAAUUUUUGAAAAAUUAAAAGCGUCCAAAUUUCCUCAA